CUUUAGUCUUUUUCUGCCCCAUUUUUUAUGGUUUUUGUUUAGUUUUGUUGAAUUUUAGCGGGUUAUUAUUAAUCUGCUGGCUUAGUAUGGAACUCUUGAUCGUUUCUACUUCUGGGGCUUCUUGUUUUUGUGGCGAUUGUUUUUAGCUUUGAUGUUUAAUACUGUUGCAGAAUCUGGGAUUUUGAACUUUUGGGAAAAAAAUUGAAAAUGUCGAGUUCAGUCAAUGAAGAUCAAGAUCAGAGAAAUAAUGGCGGCCUGGAAGAUUUGACUUCAAUGACUAUUGAAUCUCUGAGGGCAAGAUUGCUGUCUGAGAGGGCUAUGUCAAGAACAUCAAGGCAGAGGGCUGAUGAGCUUGCAAAGAGGGUAUUAGAACUGGAAGAGCAGUUAAAGCUAGUGUCUUUGCAAAGGAAGAAAGCUGAGAAGGCCACGGCAGAUGUUCUUGCCAUUUUGGAGAGCAAUGGGAUAAGUGAUGCUUCAGAGGCCUUUGAUUCAAACUCUGACCAAGAAACCGUCAUCAGUGAUUCCAAGGCUAGUAAUGAUUCAGAAAAGAUGAAAGAAACCUUGAGCAAUUUUCAAGUGAGAAGACGUGAUAUGGACUCGUGUUCAAGUUCUGAGAUUGACUCUUCUCGUUCUACUGGUCCAAGUUUGUCUUGGAAAAGUAGUAAGGAUUCUCUGCAUUCUCUUGAAAGGAAGAAAUACACAGAGACUGUCAGGAGAAGAUGUUCUACUUUUGCUUCAAAUAGUUCUUUGCCAAAACGCAUUGGUAAAUCAUGUCGACGGAUAAGACGGAGGGAAGCAAGAUCUGUGGCUGAGGACUCACAUGAUGAUGAUAAUACGCAUGGUUCUCAAGGAAAAACAGUAGAUACAAGCUCCCAAGCCUGUCCAAAUUGUGCUGAUAUUAAACAACCUAUAAACAAUGGUGCAAAAGAUCUAAAGGAGACUCUAGUUUCAGGGUUGUCAGAAAAUAGAAUUGCAGAUGACUAUUCUAGUAGAAGUGGACAAGAUGAUGACUUCAAAAGUGUCUUACAACAUCAAGCACAACUUGAAGAGCAAUAUGAAGAAGACACAGCCCAGGGAGAGUGGGAAGAGAAGGUCAGAGAGAACAGCAGCUGUGUGGUGGACUCCUGUGACCCUGGGAACCGCUCAGAUGUAACUGAGGAAAGAGAAGAGGUGAAGGCAUCAGGGCAAUCAUCUCCUGCCAGAAUAAGAAAUUCUGUAAACCAACAAUCAGACUUGGAAGUUGCCAAAACUUGCUUCACUUCGGAGACGGAACCAAAAGUUUCCAAAGAUUUGCUAAUCCCUCUGCAUUCUGAGACUGGAUAUGUACAGGAGCAAAAAACCAGCAGCUUGGUUGCUCAUGGAUCCUCGUCAUCAGAAUAUGCAUUUCCUACGUCAAAGGGGUCUCUUAGCCAAGGGGUUCCGGGAAAUGUUGAUACCACACCUUCAAGAAGCAGCCGUACAUAUUUGUCUGAUGGUUCUUAUGGGAAUCCCUCUGUCCAUGUUCCUUUCCCAUCUCCAAACCAUGGAGAAAGUUCAGGGAGCCACAAGGAACUUGCUUUGAUGCCCCAAAAGUCCUCCAGUGACUUAGAAUCUGUCCUUGAGGCACUUCAACAAGCUAAGUCAUCAUUAAACCAGAAGCUUCAUGGUAUGCCACUAUUAGAAGGUGGACCGUCUGGCAAUGGUGUUGAACCCUCUUUUCCUGGCAACAAUUUAACUGGGGGAAAAGUGGAUGUUCCCGUUGGAUGUCCUGGGCUUUUUCGGUUGCCAACUGAUUUUCAACUUGAAGGAAGUGCAAAAGUAAACUACCUGAGUUCAAAUACAGCACUCAGUUUAGCAAAUUCUUAUCCUGAACCUGUUCCUGGGUGGUUCGCGAACAGCUCUCUUGCAGAAUCUAGAUCAAUUGCAUUUGUUGGCAAUCACUUUGACACUACCCCUUAUUCGGACAGCGGUUCUGGAGCUCAUAGACCCACUCCCUCGUACACGCUGGGUGCAUCAGGUUUACAUGCUUCAGCAAUGCCAUUUACAGAGAUCCGACCAGGAGUUCCUGCAUCUGGGCCAGUGUUUGAACCAGCUUUGGAAGCCGGUCUAUCCUCUUCUGGUAGAUCCAACUAUCUUGAUCCUCAAACGAAUGGAGCACUUCUCAUUCCCAGUAGAUACGCCUAUCCAACCUACCCAUUCUACCAAGAGGUGCGUCCACAAGUACCUGGUAAUGAAAGACUUUCAAGAUAUGUUCCAAGCGUGGAAUUGGGGACGCCUUCUCCUGCUCGCUUUUCCUUUUAUGAUGAUCAUAUUAGACCAAAUAUGUACAAAUAGCAAUGCAAUGUUAAGGGGCAAUAUGGGAUCUGAUUCUUCAGGACCUCAACUACUCUAGGCGCAUCAUGAAAACUUCCCGAUUUUACGUGGGGUAGUUUGGUGUAUGAAUUUUUAUUGUAGAUCUCUUGUUUAAUGUUUAUUUCAUGCUUUU